AUGCAGCGAUUGCACGCCAUGCGGAUGGAGCUGUUCGGGUUUGGAGGCUGGUUGGCUUCUGCCCUCUUUUACGUUCUGUUCUUGGUGUGGGCGUACGUGCCCGAGGCGACGCUGGAGGUUUACGGAUUCACCUACUUUCCUUCCAAACACUGGGCAGUGGCGGUACCGGCGAUGAUCGUCGUGACUUAUCUGUUCUCACUGGUGAUGUACAAGGCUGUCAACCUACUGUCCACUCCAGGACUCGGCUCUUACGCCACUAUCCUUGACACGCACACAGUACCCCUACCUGAAGGGACAACAUGCUUUGAAGAUGACACAGAGGCCACUCCAGGCAUCGGCGAUAUCUCCAUCUUUGAAGUAAAUCGGCACUUGUUUUCUACGCAAGACAAACAACUCAAAGAGGAAUAG